CAGUGAUGGCAGACGAGCCGCAGCAGCACCAGCCACCUCCGACUCAGCAGCAGCAGCAGCAGCAGCCGCCCCCCGAAGCCCCCGGCGGGGUCGUCCCGGUGGCGACGGCGGCCCCUUCGCUGCCGGCGCUGGUGCCCGGGCUGCAGGGGACCGAAGCCAGCGCGCUGCAGCACAAGAUCAAGAACUCCAUCUGCAAAACUGUACAAUCUAAGGUGGACUGCAUUUUGCAAGAAGUUGAGAAGUUUACAGAUCUACAGAAACUCUACCUCUACCUUCAGCUGCCUUCUGGUCCUAGCAAUGGAGAGAAAAGCGAUCAGCUGUCUGUGUCAUCCAGCCGCGCCCAGCAAAUGCACGCCUUCUCCUGGAUCCGUAACACCUUAGAGGAGCACCCGGAGACAUCCCUCCCCAAGCAGGAGGUGUAUGAUGAGUACAAGAGCUAUUGUGACAAUCUUGGAUACCAUCCGUUAAGUGCUGCUGACUUUGGGAAGAUCAUGAAGAAUGUCUUCCCCAACAUGAAGGCUCGCCGUCUAGGCACAAGAGGAAAAUCAAAGUAUUGCUAUAGUGGACUUCGGAAGAAAGCUUUUGUGCAGAUGCCGACACUCCCCAACCUUGACUUCCACAAAACUGCCGAUGGGCUGGAAGGGGCAGAGUCCUCUGGGCACCUGCAGAGUGCCGACGAAGAGGUGGUGUCAGCUGCCUGCCAGCUGGUCUGCCAGUGGGCCCAGAAAGUGCUGAGCCAGCCCUUCGAUUCCGUCUUGGAUCUGGCCCGCUACCUGGUCAAAAGCCACUACAUAGGCACUAAAUCAAUGGCAGCUUUAACCGUGAUGGCUGGUGCCCCGGCAGGAAUCAAAGGGAUCCCCCAGCCUUCGGCUUUUGUCCCAACCGCAGAAAGCAAUUCCUUCCAGCCCCAGGUGAAGACUCUGUCCUCCCCAGUUGAUGCAAAGCAGCAGCUGCAGCGGAAGAUCCAGAAGAAGCAGCAGGAGCAGAAGCUGCAGUCGCCUUUGCCAGGAGAGUCCCCGGCCAAGAAGGUGGAGGGCACCGCCAGCAAUGGGGUCACCAGCCUUUCCAAUGGGAGCCCAGCCAUCUUGUCUCCUCAGCCCAUUGGCAUUGUCGUGGCUGCUGUUCCCAGCCCUAUAACGGUGCCGAGGACCCGGCAGUUGGUGACGUCGCCUAGUCCUGUGGGUUCAGCCGAUGGCAAAGUUCUCCCGCUCAAUGUCCAAGUGGUCACCCAGCAUAUGCAGUCGGUCAAGCAGUCACCAAAGACCCCCCAGAAUGUUCCCGCCAGCCCUGUGGGUGAUCGUUCUGCCAGGCACCGCUACCCUCAGAUCCUGCCCAAGCCUGCCAACACCAGUGCCCUCACCAUCCGAUCCCCAACGACAGUGCUGUUCACAAGCAGCCCCAUCAAGACCGUUGUCCCUGCUCAGCACAUGAACGUGGUGAAAAUGACCACCAUCUCCCUCGCUCCAAGCAGCAGCAGCAGUGCCGGCAGCACGCCGGUCAAGCACACGCCUUCAGUGGUCAGCGGUUCCGGAGCAGCCGAUGAGCUGAGGACUGUCCCGCAGAUUCAGAAUGGGUCCGUCGUUUCGCUUCAGUCUCCAGGGCCGAAAGCUGGUGGCAGUGGAGGAGCAGCAGCAGGAGGCCUGGCUCCCUCUGCGUCUUCAGUUGAGGUCAAAAUGGAGCCAGAGGCAGCCCUGGAGGAGACAGUGCUGCGGUGCCAAGAGAACUCAGAUGCCUCUAAAGUUGCAAAGGUUGCUCUGAGCACCUCAGUUGGGCAGCAGAGGAAAGGUGAAGCAGAACUGUGGAAAGGUCAAGCUGAGGAGGUCCGCGGAGACAGGAAAUGUGUCCAGGGCUGUGACACGAGAGCCGAGGAAGCAGGAAGGAAAAGCCUUGCCCAGCCCACUGAAUCCCGCCCUGUUCCCACAUUGGAGAUCAGCCCUGGCACGAUCACUCCCUCGGUUGCUAUGCAGACCUUCUCUGGCACCAGCAUCCCUGUGCCUCCCGGUGGUGACAAAGUGUGUGCUAAAAGCCCAAGGAAGCGGCUGCCAUCUGCCUUUACAGACUCCCAGGGCCCCCCAGUCAAGAAGCUCUCUGUGGGGCAGGUCUCUGCAGCCAGCACAGAAGCCCCAAAAGCGGGAGGUGUGAAGAAAGUGCAGCAGAGAGUGGUGGCUGUGGCCAAGAGCGAAGGGGCUGCAGCACUUGUGCAGGUGCCUGGCAAGGUGACCAUCAAAGUCCAUUCUGCGGUGCCCAGCAGCUUAGUGACCACUUGCCCCCUGGACGCCGACCUUGUUCUUGACUCCAGCGAUCCCACUUUAGGGCAGCAGCUGGCAGACUCCUCUUCAGACAUCAAAGUGAAGUUGGAAGGGAACGUGUUUGUCUUAGAAAGCAGUUCCCAGCCCAGUGACGGCUUUAGCCCCAACAUAUGGCAGCAUCUUGCAAAGAGUUCCGACUUUGCCCCUCUGAACUGCGAGCAGCAGCCGCUGCAGGAGGACGUGGGUGUUAUGGCUCUCACAGAACACGCUGGCGGCUCAGAGGCCUUGCCGAAGUCUGUCUGGGAGCCAGUGCACUUUGAAGGGCUCCAGCAGACAGCUGCCUAUGGCCAGCAGGUGCAGAGCCAGGGGCCAGAGCCCUCUCUGGAGCAGCAGCUGCAAGCGCAGGCACCAAGCCAGUUAGCUUUGCAGCCGGAGCUCAAGGAGUUUGAGGAUGCCGCCUCGCAGUCCAACGAGAACUUCUUCUCCUUCGACGACGACCUGACCCAGGACAGCAUCGUGGAGGAGCUGGUGCUCAUGGAGGAGCAGAUGUCCAUGAACAGCUCUCACCUGUACGGGAGCUCCCUGGGCAUGGCCCUCCAGAGCCAGGGGGCGGCCCAGGGGGCAUCCUUGUCCUCUCAUGCGAGCAGCGCCCACUUCUACCACCCGAUCCACAACAGCGGCACCCCUGUCCACACCCCAACGCCCACGCCCACCCCGACACCUACUCCUACGCCCACUCCGACGUCCGAACUCAUUGCGGGAUCGCAGGGCGUGUCGCGAGAGAGCCCCUGCUCCAGGAUGGCUCAGACAACGCCCGUCGACAGUGCCCUGGGGAGCAGCCGGCACACGCCCAUCGGCACGCCCCAUUCCAACUGCAGCAGCAGCGUCCCGCCGAGCCCCGUGGAAUGCAGGAACCCCUUUGCCUUCACGCCCAUCAGCUCCAGCAUGGCCUACCAUGACGCUAGCAUCGUCUCCAGCAGCCCCGUCAAGCCCAUGCAGCGGCCCAUGGCCACGCACCCCGACAAAACCAAGCUGGAGUGGAUGAACGCCGGGUACAGCGGAGUGAGCAACCCGCCCGUCUCCAGCCAUGGGAUCCUCCCAAGCUACCAGGAGCUGGUGGAAGACCGCUUCAGGAAGCCCCACGCCUUCGCCGUCCCCGGCCAGUCCUACCAGUCUCAGCCGCGGCACCACGACGCCCAUUUUGGCCGCGUGACUCCUGUCUCUCCCAUCAGCAAGCAGGAGGGCUUCGCUGUGCCUGCGCCCCUCGACAGCAAAGGGGCGGGCUCCUCCCAUAACAGCAGCUUCAGGUGCCGGAGCGUCAGCCCUGCCGUCCACCGCCAGCGCAAUCUCAGUGGGAGCACCGCUUGCCCUGCUGGCAAUGUGCUGCGCUCCAGCACGACGACGGCCGCGACCGCAGCGCCCUUCGGCAGCCCCGUCACUCCGGAAGUCCACAACACGUUCAGCGCCGUCCACGCGGACGCGAGUGCCAGCAGCCUUGCGCAGAGGAGCCAGUCAGUCCCCUUGACCGUCAUGAUGCAGACGGCUUUCCCGCCUCCUCAGAAGCAGGCGAAUUCUAAGAAGAUAACAAAUGUCUUGCUGAACAAGCUCGAUUCGGAUAACGAUGACGCGGUGAGGGGCCUGGGGAUCAACAACAUGCCCUCCAACUACACAGCCAGGAUGAACCUGACCCAGAUUUUAGAAACUUCCUCUUCCACGUUUCCGAGUGCCAACGGCCAGAACGUGCUCAGUCCCAGCCCUUCGGUUUUCGAAUUCCAAACACCAAGUUACCUCACGAAGAGCAGCAGCGCCGAUCGCAUCCCUUUUGCUCCCGGAGAUAACCAAGCACAAUCGGAGCCUCUGGAGGAGGAGGAGGAGCAGCAGAAGCAGCAACAGCUGGAUUUCAGCAGCACCGUGAAAGACUUCCUGGAUGAGGGCAGCCUCCAGAGCAGCCAGCAGCUGGCCAACCAGGUGGCUUCUGAUCUCAGCAACGUGGCCUCCGUCUUCUCCAAUGACAUUAGGUUGGCUUCCGAGCUCUCGGGCAGCAUUAAUGAUUUGAACACGCUGGACGCAAACCUGCUCUUUGACCCGGCUCACCAGCAGGGCCAGGACGAUGAAGCAACACUGGAAGAAUUAAAGAACGAUCCCUUUUUCCAGCAGAUCUGCAACGAGUCCAUUAACUCAAUGACUUCGGCAGGUUUCGAUUGGAUGGAGAGCAAGGACCAUCCUGCUGUUGAAAUGUUGGGUUGAAUCUUUUUUUAAAAAAAAAAAUUUAAAAAAAAUUAAAUAAAUAUAUGUAAUAUGAUGUAUGUAGCACACUGUAUCUAAAAGACAGACAGACACUUUGUAUUUGUCUUAAUGGAAGUGCCUCCCUGCAGCAGAAACAUUGACUAUGACUUAAUUGUGGCAUUUUUACAAAACAAAAAAACACCCAACAACAACCAACACCUUUUGCUCCACCAGCUGCUCUAUUCUUCAGCAGGGAAUAUUCAGUCUUACCCGUUUUAAAGACUUUUCUGAAGGAUACAGCCUGAUCCAGAGCCAGUAUUAGAUUUUAAAAAAUUUUACUUACCGAACAGCACUUUUUUGCUGUCGCAAAAG